AUGGUAUUCUUCCUCGACUACAUGAGGCAUCGACGAGAUUGCCAAUUCAAGCAACAACAACGCGCCGAAAGGAUUGCCUCCCUGUCAGCCUACCACGGUCCCCUUACUGAGUCAGACCGUGAGACGGUCGACAAACCCAUAGAGACACUCGUUGCGGGAGUCCACAAUGGUAUCAUCCAACCCCUCGACAUCCUCCGGACAUACGGUAGAGUGGCUCUCAGGGCUCAUGAGAAGACCAAUUGCCUCACGGAAGUAAUGCUCUCUGAUGCCGAGAGGUGGCUCCAGGACGGCGGCUCAUCAAUCAACUUGAAGGGUCCACUUGCAGGUAUCCCCGUCUCGCUCAAGGAUACCAUUGUUGUUGGUGGCUACGAUGCCACCGUUGGGUAUUCGUCGUUUGUCGGGAAUGCGCAACAAAAAGACGGCGCACUGGUGAGGCUUCUGAAGGAUGCCGGCGCCGUGCCUUACGUCAAGACCAAUAUACCCAUCUCGUUGCUGAGCUUUGAAUCGACCAACGACGUCUGGGGCCGAUCCUCUAAUCCUCACAACCCAAAGUACUCACCUGGCGGGUCCACGGGCGGCGAGUCCGCACUGCUAGCCCUCGGUGGCAGAAUCGGCAUUGGGUCGGAUGUAGCUGGCAGCGUGAGAGCGCCUGCACACUUUGCGGGAUGCUACUCAUUACGCUGCUCUACCGGGAGAUGGCCCAAGUAUGGCAUGCGCACGAGCAUGCCAGGACAAGAAGGCGUGCCGAGUGUGUUUAGUCCUAUGGCGAGAACUUUGAAUGAUUUGACGUACUUCACGCGCGCCGUGAUUGGGAUGAAACCUUGGACAUAUGACUAUUCUGUUCAUCCGCUGGAGUGGCGGCCAGACUUUGAGCAGGAAUACUUACAGAAGAGAAAUCUCCGCAUAGGAAUCCUCAGGACAGACGGCGUGGUCGAUCCCAGCCCUGCGUGCACGAGAGCCCUGAACACCGCGGAACAGGCCUUCGCAAAGGAGGGGCAUGAGAUUGUGGAGAUCAACCCUCCUGACAUGUACCGUGCCUUGGAACUGGGAUCGUUGCUCCUGAACGCAGACGGGUGCAGCACUUUUAAGUCACCCAUGAGGAGUGGUGAAUGGGAAGACACAGGCGCCAAUCAAAUGAGUUGGUACAUGAGACUGCCGCGCCCCUUCAAGUGGGUGUAUUAUCUGUGGGUCAAGUACAUCCGCCGCGACGAUGUUUGGGCUGGGCUGGUGAGGGACUGGCACGCAAAGACAGCCGAGCAGAAUUGGAAAUUGGUCAAUGAAAGGGAGUUGUACAGAGCUGAGUGGUUCGAGUGGUGGAACCAAGUCGGUAUUGACUUCCUCCUAUCACCACCAAACGCCACACCAGCGGUGCCCCACGACGGAAUGAGGGAUGCGGUCAGCAGCUGUGGAUAUACGUUUUUAUUCAAUAUUCUUGAUUACACCGCCGGCAUCGUGCCUGUCACCCAUGUUGAUAAGGCACUGGACGGCUUGCCAGCUGAAUUUGACAUCAAGAAGUUGAAUGGAGUUGCACAGGGCGCAUAUAAGCUAUAUGAUGCAGAAGCAAUGCAUGGACUGCCCGUCGGCGUGCAGGUGGUCGGCAGGAGAUUGGAGGAGGAAAAGGUUCUGGCAGUUAUGAAGAGGCUGGAGGAUGCGUUAGGCGACGAGAAAUAUGAUUUACUUUCGAUCGACUAG